ACACUCCAGGUUCAUUUGACGCAUGAAUGGAGAGGAAUUGGGGGUCAUUUGAACCUCAUUUGCCCGGUUAAUAUACAACCCCUGUAUCACGAUCCAACAUUGUGGCUAUUCUUGUCAGUCAACCGCCAGGCUCAUUGUGGUGUGUGAGUGUGUGUGAUACUUGAUCAACACAUAGCCACAGCCAAGCACUUCCCUGGGAUGCGCAUUCCCCUCUUUUCCCUGACUCAUGUCCAGUGUUUUGGCCUAUUUUAGUGUUCUGAGACGGGCUAUCCUGCUUGGGGAGGAGGUACUACCCAGCGCGAGCGGGGCUUCUGUUUCAAAGAUGCGCUGGGUUAAGACACAUCCUACAUCAGUAGCCAGAUUACUCCGCCUCGUUUGGAUUGUGAACCGCGAUGCUUCCGCAUACUGGUCGCUUUGCAACCAGUAAAAUCGAGCUAUAGAGAUAUAUUACCAUAUGUUUAAGGCUGAGGUGUGGCCAAUUGUAGGAUAAUCGAUUGUGUGGGGUAGUACCGAUGAAAACAGGUCAAAUAAU